AAACUCUAUCCAAGUGACCCACAAUCAACUGAGCAACCCAGAAUAGGUCAGGAGGAGGAGGAACUCUGCCAAAAACAAAAAUCUAUGGCGGCAAAAUAAGCAAAAACAGCCCGAGAGAGACGAAGAAGAGUUCGAAAACACACGUUACAAAGGUUGUGUUGUUCAGUUAAUCAGACUGUGUUAUUAGGAGUUCCGGUGUUUAUUGAUUUUUGGUAUGUUUGAAAAAGUUGUACUUCUAAACUAUAAUAAUGUCUACUAAGAUUAAACUCCAUAAGAAAGUGAAACUUGGUACUGCUAGUUCAAAGAGCUCUAAGGAUGGUGGUGAAACCUUAGAUUUCAAGAAAAAGGGUUUUCGUGGAAAUAGAAAUGCUCAAUUUAGUAUGGAUGAUGUUGUUGUUGAUGUUCCUUACGGUGAUAAUAAGAGGUAUAAGAAAGAGAAUGGUGGAAGGAGCAAUGUAAGAUCAAAGAGACCUAAGGAUGAUGGUGAAACCCUGGAGUUCAAGAAGAAGGGUUUUCGUGGAAAUAAAAAUGCUCAAUUUAGUAUGGAGGAUUCUGUUGAUAUUCGUUACGGUGAUAAUAAGCUGUAUAGGAAAGAGAAUGGGGGAAGGAGCAAUGUAAGAUCGAAGACAAAUAGUAAAUCGGUUUAUGAGCGGAAAUUUGAUGGCGAUAGGGGGUUUAAACCGAUAAAUGAUGAUCGCAAAAGGAAGAGAGUCUAUGCUGAUCGUGAUAACAGCAAAAAUGUUGAGACACCCUCUAGAAAAGUUUUAUCUAAGAGGUGGAAUGAGCUCAAGGAUGGUCUUGCUAAACGAAAACGCACCACGAGAGGAAAAUCUCAUGAUUUUGAGCAACCUGAGAAGGUAAAAUUCUUGAAAGGUGAAAGAAAAUUUCGUGAAACCGAGUCACUUGAUAGCAAUGGUGGCAAGAAUUUGAGACUGAACGCUGUGGAUAAAAUGGAUCGUGGGGGAAAUAGUUUGAUGAAGACAGAUGCCAAAAAUAAAUUUGAGUCAAGGAAGCAAUUGGAGCAGAAUCAUGAUGGUCGUGCAGCUGAACCUCUUGGGAAGUUUGUGAAGAAAAAAGUUCAUGACAAGAAAAGUGUGGGUGAUGAUUUGGCAGGAAAUGUUGAUCGGCGAAAGAAAAGGAAGCCAGCAAUCCGGAUAGAUCCACAUGAUAUCUCAAAUAAGCGGUUAGACGAUGGAAUAGCCACCAUUGGACAUAACAUAGAGAAGAAAGAAGAUGAGGAGAAAAAUACAAGUGUUGAAAUGUCAAAGAAUGCAGAGUUUCGUGCCAUAAAACCUAGCCCUUCUAUACUUUUCUUUGUGGAAGAUAAUUUCUUGGGCCGUAGGCGUUUGAUUGAGUUACGAAGGGCAGGGUACAACACUGAGCUUUCUGCCCCUUUAGAUAACAUCCCCUCCUCUACAAGUGCAGAAAGAGAGCGAAUUGAAGAAUCGAUAUUUAGAAAUAAAAUGACAUUUUUUGCUGCUGCGAACGUUUCUUCAUCAUUCCUACCUCCAGAGCUUCCUGAGAUUGCAUUUGCAGGAAGGUCAAAUGUUGGAAAAUCAUCUUUACUAAAUUCACUUACCAGACAAUGGGGCGUUGUGCGGACAUCAGAUAAACCUGGCCUUACUCAGACUAUUAAUUUUUUCAAGCUUGGAUCAAAGCUCUGCUUAGUUGAUUUGCCUGGAUAUGGCUUCGCUUACGCAAAAGAAGAAGUCAAGGAAGCUUGGGAGGAGCUUGUAAAGGAGUAUGUCUCCACACGUGUUGGUCUAAAGCGAGUAUGCCUUCUUAUUGACACAAAAUGGGGUAUGAAGCCAAGGGACCAUGAGCUGAUUGAUUUGAUGGAAAGGUCUCAAACUAAAUACCAGAUUGUACUGACCAAGACAGAUUUGGUUUUUCCAAUUGAUGUGGCACGCCGUGCAAUGCAAAUUGAAGAGAACCUCAAGGCAAAGAAGUCUGCAGUUCAACCUGUGAUGAUGGUAAGCUCGAAAUCUGGAGCUGGCAUCCGAAGUUUAAGAACAGUGCUGGCUAAGAUUGCUCGCUUCGCUAAACCCUGAAAGAUUGUAGGCUGAAAUCGGAAUGGCCACAGUUAUGGGAACACUUAAUGGAGGCAAGAAAAAUUUUGGGAAUGAUUCGAGAAUAGGAUUUUUUUCUUAAAAACAGUAAAAAAAGGUAGAAGUGCAUGCAAGUGUAGUGAUGUCUAUUUCUUGUGCAUCAUAUGGGUUGUACUUGCUCAACUUUUAGUAAAUGUUGAAUUGAGUGCAAUAGCUAUAGCUCAGAUGUUUCUGUAUUAUGUUUCUUGGAUAUGAAUGCCAUAAAUUUUGAGCAUUAUUUGAAUUAUAUUUGAAGCAAAUUAUGCUGUAUCACGAGGUCGUGGGUAAAGGAGGUAAGAAAUUACAUAGGAAAUAGAGAGGUGAACUAUGAAAUCUCA